UGGUUACGCACAGAGCGAACAUGGGUCUACUAGGUGGCGUCUCGGCACACUGGGAUUAGCUGUCUUCUCUUUCAGCACUCCCUGAAUUCCAUUCCGCCUUUUACUCUCUCUCCCUCUCCCUCUCUCCCUCUCUUUCUAUCCCAGCACAGGACUUCCCUGUGACUUUGCAAAGACUGCAUUUAGCCAACAAGUCCCAAGUUUUCGGGAGUGCGCGCAAGAGGAGAAAAGCAAAGUUUUGGAGCCACUCCGAAUCGAUUUUUCUUUCUUUUUUUUUUUUUUUUUAAAGAUCCAUCCACAAGCAUUUAAAAAAAAAAACAAAAAAAACAAAAGGAUCAGUUUUACCUGUUGAUGAAGUCCCACCGGGUGUGGGACGCAGAGGAGCAGAAAAGUCUGAAAAAGGUGCAGACAUCACAGCACUCCAGCGGCCAGGAGGAGUGAAGGACCUCGGCUUGUUCUUCCUUUCUCCUUUUUAUUUUUACCCCAGCAUUUGAAGAGUGUGCUGGGUAAGGGGGGGAAAAAAUGGGCACUCCGACCACCAGCACCACUUCGAUCUGUGGACUUAUCCUCUCUUUGAUACUCACAUGCCAGCUGGUUACUGUGACUGAGGCCUCCAAGGUGUGGGGGGAGGUCCCUCUGCCAGAAGACUUGGAGGCGGAGAAAGACGUCAAGGCGUCGCUCUUGCUGGACGACGACGAGGACUUCGCUGCUGAUGAAGCUUCAGGAGAUCUGCCCAGCGGAGAAGACGAUGGCAGUGCACCGUGGACAUCCACAACAAUUUAUUACAGAGCUCUCGUCAACUUCACCGACUCCUUGGUCUACAGCUCAGAGCUCGAGGACAUCUUCUCGCCAGCCUUUAAUGAGAUCUCUGAAGCAGUGGUGGACACGCUGGAGUCUGACUACAACAGGAUUCCAGGUGUCCAGACAGUCAGCGUGGUCCUUAUUAAGAAGGUGAUAAGAGACGACGGCGUGGACGUGUUCGUGGAGCUGGACGUGGGUUCUGACUACAACAACAAUGACGAACAGAUCCGCAGCGUGCUGUACAACGUGGUGAAGGAGGGCGCCAUUGCUUCUUAUGUCACGUCAGUCCAGGGGUUUCAGUUUAGGCGACUUGGGGAAGUAACCCCCAGCAUCAGACCCUGCAUGCCAGAUGAGCACAGGUGUGGUGAUGGGACAUGUAUCCUGAUGGAAUACCUGUGUGACAACAGACCAGACUGCAGAGACAUGAGUGAUGAGAUCAAUUGUGAAUUAAAACGGCCGCUUCCUCCAGUCCUCAUCACCCCUCCCGCCAUAACCACAACCACCACCACCACCACCACAACCUCUACCACCACCCCCAAGAAGCCUCCACGCCCCCCCGGCCCAAGUGGACCCUGCAGAGCGGAUCAAGCCACAUGUCAGAGCGGAGAGUGCAUCUCCCGAGACUACAUCUGCGACGGAGAGAAGGACUGCGCCGACGGAAGCGACGAGUUCAGAUGUGGUACUCCAUCUCCCUGCGAGCCCAAUGAGUUCAAGUGUAAAAACGGCCGUUGUGCCCUCAAGCUUUGGCGCUGCGAUGGGGACAACGACUGUGAGGACAACUCGGAUGAAACAGACUGCCCCACCAAGGGUCCCGAUGACAGGUGUGCUCCUGAGCAGUUUGAAUGCCUGAGCGAUCGCACCUGCAUCCCGGCGAGUUACCAGUGCGAUGAAGAGCCAGACUGCCCCGACCGCUCCGAUGAGUACGGCUGCACUCCCCCCUCUGUGACGAGCCCGCCGGAGGAGUCCGUUCAGGCGGCGCGCGGGGCGACGGUGACAUUCACCUGUCAGGCUGUCGGAGUGCCAACACCCAUCAUCACCUGGAGACUCAACUGGGGACACAUUCCUGUCAGCAGCAGGAUCUCCAUGACCAGCGAGAACGGCCGAGGCACCCUUACCAUUCGCGAUGUGAAGGAGGCCGAUCAGGGGGCGUACACCUGCGAAGCCAUCAACGCUAAAGGCCUGGUGUUUGGCAUCCCAGACGGAGUGCUUACUCUCACGUCUAAUCCAAAUCCAGGCAAUUGUCCUGAAGGUCACUUCAGCGUGGAGGGCCGCUGUGUGUCCUGCUUCUGCGCUGGAAUCACCAAGAACUGCAAAGCCACCGGUCGCUACCGCAACCAGAUCAGCCUGCGAUUUACCGAAGAGGAGGACUUCAAAGGAGUGAAUGUCACCUACCCUUCCAGGCCAGGCACUCCUCCUCUCUCCUCCACCCAGCUCCUCAUUAACCCCGAGAUGAAGGAGUUCCAGCUCGUCGACCUGUCACGCCGUUUCCUCAACCUUGACUCCUACUGGAUCUUGCCUCGCCACUUCCUGGGCAACAAGAUUGACUCCUAUGGAGGAUCCCUGAUGUACAACGUGCGGUACACGCUGGCCCGCGGUCUGUCUGAGGUCGUGGAGAAACCGGAUGUGAUACUGGUUGGAAAUGGACGCAGGCUUGUGUACCGCAGAGGCAACACCACCCCUGCCCAAGUGGUCAACCAAAAGGAGAUCAAAUUCACUGAAGAUAACUGGCAGCACUCCAACGGUCGCCCCGUGAGCAGGGAGGAUCUGAUGAUGACGCUCGCCAACCUGGACAGCAUCAACAUCCGCACCAUCUACGAUAACCACAUGGUCAGCGUGGCACUCAGUGACAUCGUCAUGGACAUCACCUCCGUGGAGUUCAGCAUUCUGGGCCAUGCAAAGAGAGUCGAAGAGUGCAGAUGUCCUCCCGGGUAUUCAGGCCUGUCCUGCGAGACGUGCUCCUCUGGUUUCGAGCGCGUCCCCGGUGGCUCUUAUCUCGGAACCUGUGCUGGCUGUAACUGUAAUGGACACGCCGGCGCAUGUGAUCCAAUCAGCGGGCAUUGCCUGAGCUGCCAGCACAACACAGAGGGCCCUCAGUGUGGCAAGUGUCGCUCGGGCUACUUCGGUGACCCGAGCAGAGGUCGCCCCGACGACUGCAAGCCAUGCCCCUGCCCGUACUAUGAGACCUCACGGCGGUUUUCCGACACCUGUUUCCUGGAUGUUGACCAACAGCCAACAUGCGAUGCCUGCAGGCCCGGCUACACAGGAAGACGCUGUGAAAAGUGUGCUCCUGGUUACCAGGGCAACCCCCUCCUGCCUAAUGGAAAAUGUGUUCCCAUCCAAAGCUCCAAGUGUGAUAACAGAGGGGUUAUCACCUCCAACAGCAGACCGUGCAGCUGCAAGAACAACGUGGCAGGCGCCUUGUGCGACGAGUGUAAACCCGGCUUCUUCCACCUCUCGGAGGCCAACCCCGAGGGCUGUCUGCGCUGUUUCUGUAUGGGCGUCACUAAACAGUGUGCCAGCUCCACUUGGAAUAGAGAUCAGCUGCGAGGAGGGGCGAACGGGCAGCUCUUCUCCCUUUCCAACAGUGCCAACACUAAAACUAUCUCCGAAGGCAUCACCCAGAGAGGCUCUGAAGUCAUUUACCGCUCCUUCUCCAGUAUCCCCAACGACAUCUACUAUUGGGUCCUGCCUCAGAGCUUCAAAGGAGAUAAGGUGACGGCCUACGGGGGUGAGCUUCUCUACACGGUGCGCUUUGAACCGUUUCAACGCUCGCUGGUGAUUGACGGCCAGCCAGACGUGGUUCUCCAGGGCAACGGCAUCUUCCUGGAGCACCACUCUCAGACCAAGCCUGCCCCUCGUGUCCCACACACCGUCACCGUGACCUUCAGAGAGUCUGCGUGGCGUCGGGCUGAUGGACAGCCGUGUACCCGCGAGCACCUGCUGAUGGCUCUCGCUGAUGUUACCGUCUUCAUGAUCAGGGCUUCCUACGCAGACAACAUGGCUGAGAGCGGUAUCUCAGACAUCAAGAUGGACAUUGCUGUUCCUCAGUCCACCGGUAAUGAACGCGCUCUGGAGGUGGAAGAGUGCGCCUGCCCUCAGGGAUACAAAGGACCAUCUUGCCAGGAGUGCGAUGACGGUUACUCCCGGUCCAGCUCCGGCCUUUACCUGGGCACUUGUGAGAGAUGUAACUGCAACGGCCACGCCAGCAGCUGUGACCCCGAGACCGGCAAAUGUGUGCAAUGUCUCCAUAACACCGCUGGGCCAAGGUGUGAGAUCUGUCAGCCUGGUUUCUAUGGAAAUCCUCUAACAGGCGGUGCUCAGGCCUGCAAACCCUGCCCCUGUCAUGGAACCUCUUCCAACAACCAAUUCUCCUCAACCUGCAUUCUGGAUUCUGAUGGUCAGCCAACCUGUAAUAACUGUCCGAUUGGAUACAGUGGAAGGCGCUGUGAAAGAUGUGCCGCAGGAUACAGUGGCAAUCCCCUACUUGGACAGAGUUGUACUGCUGGCGGCAAUGAAGUCAAUGGUAACUGCUAUAGCUGUGACCAAAGAGGAAGUGAAGGCUGCAAUGGUCCCGUGUGCCGCUGCAAGAUGAACGUUGAAGGCCCAUCUUGCUCCAGCUGUAAGUCUGGAACCUUCCAUCUCAGCCAGCAAAACAAAGACGGGUGCCUGUCCUGUUUCUGCAUGGGCGUCACUCAGCAGUGCUCCAGCUCUACCUACUACAGAGACCUGGUGUCCUCAGUCUUCACUCCAGGGAACUUCCAGGGAUUCGCUCUGGUGAACCGUCAGCGCACCAACCGCAUCACCACCGGUUUCUCCGUGGAGGUUUCCACCGAAGGCACUCAGCUCUCGUACAGCAACUUCGACUACCUGGGACAGGAGCCUCAUUACUGGCAGCUUCCAGGGGUCUACCAGGAGGACAAGAGAGAUUCUUUCUUUACUCGCACGAAACGAGCAGAGCAGAGUGACUCACACUGGCCGGAGGAGCAGCAAAGGAAGGAUGCUUCCAUUUGGAACCUAAUGGCCUCUGAACGUAAAGACACCCACAGAUCCAAAAGAGCUAGCAAGGGUGGUGUCAGACAGCUGGACGAUGAGGUCUGGGCUCUCUUCUCUAACUUCUCCAACGGACGAGCCGGUUCCCCUCCAUUCUUUCCCUCCUCUUCCAAAACCUCCUUCUCUUCCUCCUCUUCUUCUUCUCGUACCCCAACUUCCUCUUCCUCCUCUCGAUGGUCUUUGCGUAACCUGAGCCCCCCCCCUCCUCCGUCUGAUAUCUCCUCUUCAGUUAGACCAACCAGACCCCAACCCUAUUCCCCAGGCCAUGCUCCUCACCUGCAGCACAAGAACACACUGAGCAAGACUUCCUCUAGCGCUUCAGGGGGCGGCGGCAAGUACUCUCUGGUCUACAAAGGUUUCAGCUUGCACCAGGAUGGUCUGCUCUACUGGCAGCUCCCAGCGCAGUUCACAGGGGAUAAGGUGGGUUCUUACGGCGGAAAGCUUAAAUACACCAUCUCUUAUGUGGCCGGUCCAAGAGGAACGCUGCUCGAUGAUGGCGACAUCCAGAUUAUUGGCAACGAUAUCACUCUGGUGUCAAGUCUGCCCUGGAAUAGGAGGCAGCAGGGCAGCAGAGAGACUAAGCAGUUUGAGGUUGUCUUCAAAGAGGAAAACUGGCAUCGUCCCGACGGCAUGCCCGCCACCCGUGAGCACCUGAUGAUGGUUCUGGCUGAUCUGGACGACAUCCUGAUUCGAGCGUCCUACUCCACCGAGAUGCGCUCCUCCAGCAUCUUUGACAUCAGCAUGGAAGUUGCGGUGCCCAACUACAGCGGCUUGGCACAGGCCCUCGAGGUGGAGCAGUGCCGCUGCCCACCUGGAUACCAGGGACUGUCUUGCCAGGACUGUGCAUCCGGAUAUACUCGCACAGGAGGAGGUCUAUACUUGGGCCACUGUGAGCUCUGUGAAUGCAACGGCCACUCUGACUCCUGCCACCCUGAGACUGGCAUCUGCACGAGCUGUCUGCACAACACUCAAGGAGAGCUCUGUGAGCAGUGUGCUACUGGUUUCUUCGGUGAGCCCACUGUUGGCACUCCAGAGGACUGCCAGCCCUGCGCCUGUCCUCACACUGAUCCAGAGUACCAGUUCUCUCCUACCUGUGAGAGCCUUGGAAAUGGAGGCUAUCAGUGUACUGCCUGUCAGCCUGGGUACACCGGCCAGUACUGUGAACGUUGUGCUCCCGGAUAUGUUGGCAACCCUCAGGGGAGAGAGAAGUGUCGUCCGUAUGAUGCUGCAGCCUCCCUGGUGGUGAAGGUUUAUCCGGAGAGGGUGCUGGCAUCCCAGGGUGGUCAUGUCACUCUCCGGUGUCAGGUGUCUGGCAAUCCUCCACACUAUUACUUCUGGUCCAGAGAGGAUGGACGAUCCAUCUCCAGCACGGCUGAGAGACGCAAACAAGGAGCAGAGCUGUACUUCCCCAAGGUCCAGGCGAGCGAUGCCGGUGUCUACGUCUGUACCUGCCAGGAUCAGCACAGCACCAACAAGAGUCGCGCUGAAAUUGUUGUCACAAAUGGCCAAUCCAAACCCAUUGAGGUGACAGUCGAGGAGCCCAAAGCCCAGACUGUCAGGGUGGGAUCUACUGUCAGCUUCAUCUGUACUGCAAAGAGCAAGUCGCCUGCCUACACCCUGGUCUGGACCCGAAGGGGUAACGGGAAGCUGCCCAACCGGGCCAUGGACUUCAACGGCAUCCUGACAAUUCAGAACGUCCAGCCCGAGGAUGCAGGCGUCUACGUUUGCACGGGCUCCAACAUGUUUGCCAUGGACGAGGGCACUGCCAUCCUCUACGUGCCAGAGGCCUCACAGACUCAGAUGUUUUACACAGCCUAUGAAAUGUUUGAAGGACACAGAAAGCCUGCAGAGGGGGCCCAGCCUGUGGCCACCAUCACUCCCUCAGUGCUGAAUGUCCAGCAGGGCCAGCGGGCAGAGUUUCGCUGCACAGUGACUGGGAACCCAACCCCUGCCAUUGAAUGGAUUGGAGGUCCAGGGAACAGAAUGAGUCCCAGAGCUGUGAUACGAGGUGGCAUACUGAGCUUCACAGCAGUGGACCCAGCUGAUGAAGGAGACUACACCUGCAAGGCCCUGAACACUCACGGGGAGCACACAGCACGGGUGUCCCUCUAUGUCCAAAAGUCUAAUCCAAGUGGCCUAGGCACCCAGCCCCAAGUCCAAGUGAGUCCCCAAAACAUUGGAGUCCACGAAGGCGAGACCUUGAGGUUGUAUUGCCGAGCAACAGGAUCGCCAACCCCGAAGCUCACCUGGCUGAAAAACGGAGGACAGAUCCCUCCACAGGCCAUUCCCUCUCACGGUUUCCAUCAGUUUAAAAGCAACAGUCUCGAUGUGUUACAGAGACGUAUUGAGGAGCUGCAGGCCCGCAAUGACCGCACCGACAUCGGUACUCUGCUCAUCCCCAAUAUCAGGAUGUCUGACGCGGGCACUUACAUGUGUGUUGGCAGCAACAGCAUUGGCUCAAACAGUGCUCCCAUCAAAGUCACUGUGCUCAAAGCGGACCAUGUCUCCUCAGUGGUCACCAUCCAGCCAUCUAUAGCUGAUGUCCAGGAAGGCCAGAGUCUGGAGCUCAACUGUUUGGCGCCUGGAAAUCCUCCUCCCCAAGUCACCUGGACAAGAGCCAGUGGACGCCUCUCCUCCAACCACCAGGUUCUGGGCAGUCAGCUGCGCAUCCUGUCGGCCACACCAGAGGACUCGGGAGAGUAUGUCUGCCGGGUGCAGGGCAACCCAUCAAGCCCCGGAUCUCAUGUCCACCAGGCUUCUGUCUCUGUGUCCGUCACUUCAUCUUCUUCACGUCUUCAGAGUCCAAUCAUCGCCAUCGAGCCCCACAGUGCUGCAGUGCGUGUGGGGGAGACGGCCAGCUUCAGGUGCAGGGUUUACAGCGGAGCCCAGCCUGUCCGACUGGAGUGGAAACUGGCCAACAAUCGUCCGCUGCCAGACAAUGUCAAAGUUGGCCCUGAUGGUUCGGUUAUUACCAUCGCCAAUGCCCGCCCUGUGAACCACGGUGCCUACCGUUGUGUGGCCAGCAACCCAUUCGGCAUCACCCACACCAUCGUGUCUCUGAUCGUCAAAGAGUCUCCCGUGGCCACCGUCACUCCUGCUGGACCCUUGCGUGUCAGAGUGGGCGAACCCAUUAACCUGGAAUGCCAGGCGUCAGGAGAGCCCCGGCCCUCAGUGUCAUGGCACAGGCUGGACAGCAACCGCAAGACCAUGCUGAGCAGCCCUGUGCUCAUGGAGUCCAACGCAGUCAUGCAGAUACUAGUUGCGCGUCCAGAAGACAGUGGCACGUAUGUAUGCACGGCUCGCAACAACGAGGGCACUACUGAGACCAAGGUGGUGGUCGUGGUUGAGGGAGGCUCUCAACUGCCCACGGUACCCAGGGCAACUGUUCCCGAGCCUCUGAUGAUUAUGGUGGAGGGACAGACGGCGACGCUGCGCUGUGAUGCUCACGGUUUCCCAUCUCCGACGAUCACCUGGUCCAAGCUGCGCUCUCCUCUGCCUUGGAGACACAAGGUGGUGAACAACAGCCUGGUGCUGCCCAACGUGGGCCGCCAGGACUCAGGAGAAUACAUCUGCACCGCCACCAACCACAUGGGCACCACCGAAGUCACCAUCACGCUCGAUGUAGAGACCCUUCCUUAUGCCACUUCUCUGCCCGAUGAUGUGGCUGUGCGGGUCGGGGAGGUGAUCAGGUUGCAGUGCCUUGCUCAUGGUACUGCACCUCUGACCUACACUUGGACCAAGCUGGAUGGAAACCUGCCGUCGAGAGCCGAGGUUAGCGCAGGGGAUCUUCAGAUCAACCUGGCGACUGCAGAGGAUGCUGGGACCUACAAGUGCGUGGCGAGCAACAAAGUGGGCAACAGCGAAGUGUUCGCUAAAGUCACAGUCAGAUCCCCCUUGGCAGUGCGUGUGUCACCACAGGUUGAAGUAAAAGCCAAGGGCGAUGCUGUGGAGUUCACGUGUUCGUCAGCAGGAGGUAUAGAAACCAAAAUCGAGUGGCUGAAGGAAGGAGGAGCGCUGCCACCGAACCAUCACAUCAAGGACGGAGUGCUCAGGAUCGAGAACCUCGAGCAGAGCAAUGAAGGUGUUUAUAUCUGCAGAGCCAGCGGCGUGUACGGUCAGGCUCAGGACACCGCCAGGUUGACCAUCCAAGCCCUGCCGAAGGUGAUGAUCAACGUGCGCACCUCAGUGCAGACCGUGAUGAUCGGGAACUCUGUGGAGUUUGAGUGCCAGGCUAUCGGUGACCCGGAGCCCACGGUUCAGUGGAGCAAAGUCGGCGGGUCUCUGCCCGCUCACAUCAUGGUGAAGGGCGGUAUGCUGAAGAUCGAGCGGGUGACGGAGGCCGAUGCCGGGCAGUACCGAUGCACGGCCACCAACAACGUAGGCUCAGUGGAGUCCCAAGUGGUCCUUAACGUCCAGUCCCUCCCUCAGAUUGCUUCUCUGCCUGAGACUAAGGAGGUGACCGUUGGGUCUGAUGCAGUCAUGCCCUGUGUGGCUUCAGGAUACCCUGUGCCUGAGAUCAAAUGGUCCAAGUUGGACGGAGAGCUCCCUCCUAAGUGUUUCCAGGAAGUCAACGUGCUGACGGUUCCUCGGGUCAGCCACGAGGACUCUGGGACGUACGUCUGCACCGCCUCCAACAAACAAGGAAAAGUCGAAGCCUUCACUACACUUCAAGUUCACGAGAGAGUGAUGCCAUACUUCACCCAGGAACCUUUGUCCUACCUCACCCUGCCCACCAUCAAGAACGCCUACAAGGCUUUCAGCAUUAAGAUCAACUUCAGACCCGAUAAUGUCGAUGGUCUCAUAUUGUACGCUGGUAUGAUCCUCUACAAUGGCCAGAGGAGGACCACAGGAGCAGACUUUAUCUCUCUGGGACUUGUGGGCGGCCGCUUAGAGUUCAGGUUCGACGUAGGAUCCGGCAUGGCCACCAUACGCGACCCCAACCCCAUCAAACUGGGAGAGUUUCACACAGUUGAACUGUAUCGCAACCUCACCUUGGGCUACAUCAUUGUAGACGGAGGGGAGCCCAUAAACGGCAGCUCACAGGGCAAGUUCCAGGGCCUGGAUCUGAAUGAGGACCUGCAUGUGGGUGGUUAUCCCAACUACACAAUCCUCGCCAAAACCGCCGGCAUUAAGACUGGUUUUGUUGGCUGUAUCCGUCAGCUGGUCAUCCAAGGAGAGGAAGUCAUCUUCAAAGAUCUUGACCGCAGCUCUACCGGUGUCACAAACUGUCCCACCUGCAAAGACCACCCAUGCCAGAACGGAGGAGCUUGUGAGGACUCGGACGCCAGCUUGUACAAGUGCGGCUGCCCCAGAGGAUUCACGGGCAGCAACUGCCAGCACCACUCGUCCCUGCACUGUCACUCAGACGCCUGCGGACCAGACGCCACGUGCAUCAACCGGCCAAACGGCCUCGGCUACGACUGCCGCUGCCACCUCGGCAAGUUUGGAAACAAAUGCAUGGAUGGGGAACUUGUGACCACUCCGCUGUUCGAUGGUGAGGAAUCAUACAUAGCCUAUCCUCCCCUGACCAACAUCCACGAUGACCUGCGCGUGGAGCUGGAGUUCAAGCCCCUGGAAAGAGACGGAUUGAUGUUCUUCUGCGGAGGGAAGAAAAUGAAGGUGGAGGACUUUGUAGCCAUCUCAAUGGUGGAGGGACAUGUAGAGUUCAGAUAUGAACUGGGCACAGGCCAGGCAAUCCUUCUCAGUCCAGAGCCUGUCUCUCUGGGCCAGUGGCACACGGUUGUGGCCGAGCGUAACAAGAGAGCCGGCCACCUGAAGAUAGACCAAGGCCCAGUGGAGAGGAAGACGUCUCCAGGGAAAGCCCAGGGCCUCAAUAUCCACACCCCCAUGUACCUGGGAGGAGUCCCCAACAUGGACAUCCUGCCUAAGCCUGCCAAUGUCAGCGAAUUGUUUGAGGGCUGCAUAGGAGAGGUUUCCAUCAACAACAAGAAGGUGGAUCUGUCCUACAGCUUCACAGAAAGCAGAUCCAUCCGCAAGUGCGUGGACAACAGUCCCUGUGACCGCCGGCCCUGCUUGAACGGUGGUCACUGCAUGUCGAAUGUUGAAUACGAGUACCAGUGCCUCUGUAAGGAUGGAUUUGAAGGUGAGCGUUGCGAGAUCGUGAGAGAUGUCUGCCAGACCAACGUUCAGUGCCAGAAUGGCGGCAGCUGUGUCGAGGGCCAGUGUGUGUGCAUGCCGAGCCACACGGGCCUGAACUGUGAAGAAGAAAGCCAGGUCUCCAGCUUACCCGAGGCCCAGUGGAAUUUGGAAGCUAGCGAGGCGAAUGAUUCACCCUAUCAGUAUGCAGCUCAUUUCCAAAAUGACGGAUACAUUGCCCUCCCCAAAUCCAUUUUCCCAAGAAGCGCUUUUGACUCACCAGAGACCAUCGAGCUGGAGAUCAACACUGUCUCCUCUGAGGGCCUGAUCCUGUGGCAGGGAGUGGAGACCAGUGGCGCACGAAAGGUGCGAAAGGUGCAUGCUAGUAAAAAGGAACUCGGAGAACACGGCAAAGGCAAGGACUUCAUCAGCCUCGGUCUACAGAAUGGACACCUUGUUUUCAGUUACCAGCUGGGCAGUGGAGAGGCACAGAUCUUGUCCCGGAGGUCCAUCAACGACGGGAGAUGGCAUAAGGUCACAGCAGUCAGAACUGGAAAAGACGGAUACAUCCAGGUUGAUGGAGGAGCAGCGCUACAUGGACAGUCUAGAGGCAGAAGCCUCAUGGUCAACACCAAAGGCAGUAUAUAUUUGGGCGGAGCCCCGGACAUGACCGCCAUGACGGGAGGGAAGUUCCAGGCGGGAAUGACGGGCUGCGUGAGAAACCUGACACUGAUGAACGCCCGGCCGGGACAGCAGCCAGCCCAGGCCAUCGACCUGCAAGCCCACGCAGCCCACGGCAUCAACGUGCAGCCGUGCUCUUCAUAGAUCGCAGCACACACACACACACACACACACACACACACACACACAAGCACACAUAGACAAACACACAUGCAGAGACUAUUGAGUGAUGUCAUACACAGACACAGCAGACUCACACAAAGAGGCUGACACAAACUUGGUGCUUUGCUGCUACCAAAAAAAAAAAGAAA